AUGUCCGACUCAAAGGCAUCUAAAUCCAUGUUUGCAAAGCGUCCAAUCAAGGUGAUUGUAGGCGGCAACGACAGUCAAUAUUAUGUUCAUCGUGGUGCGCUUGAAGCUCACCCCGCAUUCGAAGAGAAAUUAAAGUCUUCGACUGAUAAUUUUGAAAACAAUGUUGAUUGGUGCACCUUCGACGAGCAGACUGUUGAAUGUGUUUUGAGCUUUCUGUACACCGGUGACUACCAGGUUCCCAAGAAGCCAGCUGUGGUGGCCGAGGGAAUCGAAGAGGAUGCAGAUGCGGGGGAAGAGGCCCCAGCGGAGGAGGAAGGAGAAGAAGAGGAAGAGGAAGUAGUCGAGAACAUUGAGGAGGCGGAAGAAGGAGGCGAAGAAGGUACCGCAAAUCAAAGCUUGAUGCCACUUCAACAUCCAAUGAAGCUAACGUCAAAAACCCAACUAGAACCCAUCUCACCCUCAUCCACCAACCCGCCAUCUCCAGCUUAUUCGGAGAGCGACCCGAACGACCGACCUUUGACACCCCUGGAAAAUUGCUGCGGCGUUGAUCUCCCGGAGUAUGCCUUGGCCAAGACCCCAGAGACCGAAGCGGACGAAGAGUCAGCCCCAGAGGCCGAGGAGAGUUCUGCUGCAGAGAUAUAUCUUCACACCAAAAUCUACUCCUUCGCCUGCCAACUCGACUUUUUCAAGUUGAAAUAUUUCUCCCUAAACCGCCUGGCAAAGGCGCUUGUUGGCCUAGAGCAAACAAAUAAAGACCUCUUCCCGUACCUGGCAGAUGGCAUCAGACUGAUCUAUACAACCACCGAGACAACCGACGCAACGGGAGCAGACGAUGCAAGGAAUCUGCUAUCCCAGUUCGUUGCGUUCAAGUACACCACGCUUAUUAGCGAAGAGUUCGACAAGCUGAUUGCCGAAGGCGGGGAGUUCAUGGUCGACGUCUCACGCAAGCUUGCUCGGAAGCUUGUGUCCUUGUCGAACGCAUCCGAGGAGAAGAUUGAGGAGCUUUUGAGAAUGAAUGAAGUCUUAGAGAAAUCUCUUUAUGAAAGUAAUCAGCGUGUGGAGAAGGUGACAGCGGAAGUUCGGCGAAAUCUACCUGCGCAGAAAUAUCAGGCUUUCACUUAUGAGAUUUGA